GUGGUGCUCCACCCGAAGUAUUAGUGUAGUUCAAAACAACAAGUAGAUCUAUCACUAGGAAUACACGUUCGUUACUAUCUUGUCUUGUUAAAUAUACAUUGUUCGUUACUAGAGUUAAAUCGUACGGGUUAGAGUGCAAUCGAUGUCGAUCAGUCGUUUCUCGUUUCUUGUUUCUCAAAGGGUUUUCGUGAAUGGAGCGUACUAAUGAAAUCUAUGUUGAACCGAAUUUUUCAUCGUUCGCAUUUUACAGCUACAACUUGGACAUAGACCACAGGCAGUAUCUAUGCCGAUGUAGGUGUAUUUCAGGUCAACAAAAAUAUCGUGUGUAAGUUUAGACUACUACUUUUUUAGACCAUAAUAUUCCUCGCUAGUCAUAGUUCAAACGACACUAGUAUCUAUAGAGUUAACACUUGUUUCUACGUACUUGCUACGGCGGUCAGUCUUCGAUCGAAGAAAGACAAGAAGCUCGUUGUUCCUUUUUUUAUUGGCUUAUCUCGGUAGCGCCGGUAGUUACUAUUACCAGCUGAAAAUGGAUUUCAUGAAACACGAACCAUAUUUUUACGGCCGCACUUGAAGGAGAAGUGGUAAGGCGCUCCUGGAUGAACUAGCCUAUUUUUAGGUUGUUGUAUCUACCUAUUUUUCUAGUUAGGUCAUUCUUUUUUCUAGUUAGGUCUGCUCCGCCACGGUUAUUGUAUCUACCUAUUGAUCAUGACCAGCCCUACAAAGGAGAAUGAUGGUGUCUUUUUCGUGUAUAGUAAAUCCUGACUAGAAUUUUUAACUCAUUAUCUCAUGUCGUGAAGUAAGAUUACAAAGUUCCAG